GGGCUUGCUGUUGCAGAGAGAUCACAACCAGCCUGUGUUGAUCUUUGGUCAUUUGUGGAGAUGGACACCUUUGGCAAUAAGUUACAGCAGAAGGCACUGCAGCAACCUAAGCAGAAGAAAUCCAAGUCGGCUGAAUUUCUGAUGGGGAGUGAGGAGAGAGCUGCUGUUGUGGGCAUAGAAAAUCCUGCUUUCAAUGGAGAAGGAAGCGCCGCGCUUUCCAAUUCUCCAAGUUGGCUGGGGAGAAAAAUGCGAGGUGACAGGCCAGAUAGCACCCUUGCAGCUCACCAAAAAAAAUUGGAGCUGCAAGCCCCUGCCAGAGAAAGAGGAAAUGAACGUAUUCGAAAUUACUUUGACCCGCCAUUGCCAGAACAGACAGACCCAAGGCAAUGCGGGAUGGCUGGGGUCAGCGCCGAAGAUGAGCUGGAAUUAAAAAUACUGAAUGCAGAUGAAAACAGACUGUAUGAAAGAAUGACGGCAUUGCUUGAUGAAGAUGACACAUUUAUAGACUUACCUGGUACACUGCAAGCCUCGAGGGAUGAGGAGGUGUUGGAGGUGAAGGCGGGUGAUCUGGUGCUUCAGCGGCGACUGCUGCUCCACAGUGGUGGUGGUUGUGAUGCCUCGGGCUCCGGACCCUCCCAGGCCCAUACCAUUGCCAAAGCACAGGCAGAGAGUACUGCUUGGCUGGGAGGAGAGGCUGGACUCCAAGCAGGUAGGAUGGUAAUGGGCAGAGAAAGUGCUAUAAAAACAAGAGCAGCUGAGGAAGUGAUCCCCUGCUACGCCCAGCAGUUGAGGGAGCGUGUGCGGCCUGACAUGAUCACGCUUGGCAGCCUUUCACUGCAGCAGCAAACAGAUCAAAAGGGAACGCAGGAAUGGAGUGAGUGGGCAGAAAGAAAAAAAAGACUAAUGGCCUUCUUCACUGGCAAUGUCGAGGAACCCAGUUCACAAAGCGAUUGUGAUGAAGCAUUAAGACCCCAGCGCAGGCUGAAUACAUUGUUUCAGUUGAAAAACCUCGACAGCCUGUCACUCAGAGCACUGGGGGAAGGCCGAGAAGACGGGACGGUCAAAGAGCGCCCACAAUCCUCCUCUUCAGCAUCACGGGCGUCAUUGCAGGGGGACCAGGGACCUCUUCCCCAACCUUUAGAGGUGUGUGUAUGUUGCCUUAGAGCCACCAGAGACAAGCUUCCAAGAGGUCUCUAUUCUGUCAGCGUGGCACUUCAGAGCCAUCUAGGAGGUCCUCCUCUGCCCUUCCAAAACAGUUCAGAACAGCAAACAUGGGUGGCAUCUACUCAGCCAGUGGAGCACAGAGGCCGCUUCUACGACAAUGACCUGCACAUUAACCAGAGCCUGUUCAUGAGCUUACCUGCUGCCUCUUACAUCACCCCCUCCAUGAUCUUGGUAUUCCAAUUGAUCAGCCUACCUGGACACGGUAGCCAUUUCAGCUCUGUACUGGCCUGGGGAGUAUUUCCUAUAUGUGGCCUGAACUUAAGUCUAGUCCAAGGCAGAUUCAAAACUCCAAUGAUCAGGGGGGAGCUCAGCCCACGACUGGACCAGUUUAAAAAAAUUGAGGCUAUCAUCUCCUCCGAUCUUGACCACUGGCUGUGCAACCUGUAUUUUCAGGUAAAGAAACAUCCACCUGGAACAUCUGGAGAGACAAAGUACUUUGUUGCGCCAUCAAUUUCCUUCUCUAACCCUAAAAUCUUAACCAAACCUGAAGAUCCUCAUGAUAGGACCUUUACCCAGCUGCCCCUCCAGCCCCGCCCCACAUCCCAGUCUCAACUUUUUCCCCGACCCCUUCUUGUCCAAUCCCAGCAGCAUCUGUACACAGGCCCCAGCUGCAGAGCAGGAGAGUCCACCAUGGUACACUCUCAGCAGGGUUCACCUCUCCAUCUAUCAGCUGAUUCAGCUUGCUCUUCUUCAUCUCUGCCAGGGAAGAAUGACUCCGCAGAAGUAUUUUCAGGAAGCGCUGCAGAGAAGACUGAUUCAUGUCAGGAGAAAGUAGAAGGUGGCUACCUGUACAAGUGUGUUCUCCCCGAUUUCUGCUCCUCACAGAAGAAGCCAAUCAAGAAGACAAAUAGCUGCGGCCCCAGCAUGAGUGGCAGAAGCGGGCCGCCUCUGCAGGCAGACAAACAGAAAAUGCAGCCUACAGUGAAGAGUCUCUCCAUGGAGGAGAUGGAAGGAUAUACUUUCUUUUUACAAUCAGCAUCAACUAUACCGAGAUCAUGUCCCCCACGACUGUCUGAUCGAGCCCAACUGGCCCUACGCAUGCUACCGUCCGAGCUGGGCCUGCCAUUGUCAUGGCAACAGCAACAACUGCACAUAAGCUGGCAUGACUCCAUUCAGCAGCUCGGCCUCAUUAUUCUGCUGCUGGCUUUGAUGUGGUUUGUGAGGCUUUACCUGCAUUACUGCAGCCAGUGGCUCUACCUCCAGGCCAUUGCAGUUCCUGUCAACAAAUUUCACUUCCAUGCACACACAGUGGAUCUCAUCUACCAGAGCUCUUUGCUCCACACCCGAGAGGAGCUGGCAAUGGUGGUGGUGGGUCCCUUGACCUUGAACGCUGUAACGUUCCUGCUGGUUCUGAUCAGAUGGGGCUGUCAACUGAUAUUUGGCUCACUCCCUUCCUUCACGUCAAAUUUUAUCAUGGCUCAGGGAGUGUGGACAGUCCUCGACCCCCUGGCAGUCUUUGCUGUGGAUGCCGUCCUCGGGCAUCUGGCCUACAGCCCCGACACACCAGUGGGGGAUGCAGCCAAGCUUUACUGGCACUUCUAUCGAGCUGAUGGAUCAGGUGCAGCAGGGGUGAUCAUCACUGUGUUCCUCUACGCAGUCCACUUCCUGCUCUCAAUCACUAUUCUCAUAAUUUACUUGCUCAGAUUCCACAACGAUGGUCGCAUGUUGGAUGUCUACCAGCGACUCACCGCCAAAGAGGGAGUUUAUUUCCUGCCUGAAGACCUUGAGCUGUCAAAUCAGGAACUCAGCUACAUUGUCAAAAAGGCAGAGCAGUGGAGAGGCUUCAAUGGAGAGAGGCGUAAGGUGGCAGUUUAUGACUAUGUCUGGACAGCAGAGGACUCUCUAUCAAGCUCCGCUGCACCCAGUGAUGAGCCUCACACAGAGGGUGGGUCACCACCAGAGAGCGAGACCAGCACUCAUGUCGUAAUCCAUACACUGUACCUGAGUGGGCUGAAACAAAGAUACAGACACUUCCUUCGACAACCUGAUGGGGCUAUCAUUGAGGUGAUCGGUGAAUUACAUGGAUUGGAGAAUGCAAACAAGGAGGUGACUUGCCUGGAACGGAGCCCUCCCACUCAAAGAGAGGACAACGGAGGUGCAUGUGUUUUACUCCAGUUACGUAAACGAAAGAAACUGUUUGCACGUUCCAAUCGUGUGGAGCCAAUAGCAGGAAGUGGAUGUGGCUCAAGUUUUGCACUGCAUGACCUCACUCAAUAAUAAUGAAGAGGAGGUGAAGAUCUGAUGUGUUUUUGAUAAAACAUUUGUCGACGACUUUUUGGACACUGAAGUCUCAGUUUUUCUAGACAGCAACAGCUUUUCUGUCGCAACAAAAUUUAGCUCCUGCUAACUAUAGCUCUAGGCUAAUGCUAGCAUGUUAAAUCUCUUUUAUUUUACUUGACUUGAAGAUAAUUUGGUUUGUAGCAUAUUUUAAUUUGGAUACCACUUCAUUGGUGUGCUGAGAAAAAAAAAAGGAGUUCUCUGGCUGACUUUUGAAUUUGCUUUGGACUUCGAAACAUUUAAUGACAAGCCUUUCAGCAGCUUACAUGACACAGACAGACAGGAAACUGAAGAAGCCAAUACAAGCUUUCUUUCAUUUUGAAUAUCAAGGUAAAGGCUAGAAAACACUAAGAUUAUUAGAGAAAACCAAAAUUAUAUCAGCAUAAUUUGGUGCACAACCCGUAGGCUGUGACACUAAAAAACUAGCUGUGUAAAUUGUGACUGUAUGCUAGCUGACAAACUAUAUGGCUAUAGCUGACAAAAUCACAACAGUUGGUAUCUGGAGUUGAGUUUAGUCAGGCAUUCUAUCAGAGAUAAUUUCUAACUCAAUUGAUCAGGAUUCCAAUCCCAUAAACACUUUAUUUAGAACAUUUCCUAACAUUGAGAAAACAUUGUGGUGUUGUAGGGUACAACAUUUGUCUCUGAGAUGCUAUGCAAGCAAACAUCAGAACUGAUAAGUCAUCUGUGACCUAACGACGUCAGUAAAAACUUUGACAACUCCCUAACAAAUGCAGGUUGUCUGAUGUCCCACACUGCCUAAACAAAAUGAAAUAUGAGGAUUCCUUAAGUCACUAAUCAGAAGUCAAGUGAUAAAAUAUCAAUUCUGGCCUCACAUUAAACAGGAUAAUUUUCAGGCCAGCUUGAUUUGUAUUGAAUAUGUGUCUGCUGGCCAGUGCUUAGUGUAAUGAACUGGCUCACAAAUCAGGCUGUAAUGGUCGCCUACUUACACAUAUUGCUUAAUUAAAGGUUGUGAGCUUAUUAGCAUGUGUCUCUGAUGCAGGGUGCAGGAUGACGACUGAUGUCGUUCAGAGCUUUUUAUGGAUGGCUAACCUAUCAUACUAAAGCCAUUGCCUCUUUAAAAUCUGAUCUUAAUAACCUGUCAUUUUCAUUGAUGAUGAUUUCCCCUUUAUGGGCAGCCAUUACAGAUCAAGUUCUGGGUCUUACCGAAUGGUCAUUGCGGCCAUAUCAUUUUCAAGAAUAUGCCUUACUUUGGCCUUGAAGUUGCUGCUCACCUCCAUGUUCAAACCAUCAUAGUUGUGGCCCUGCGGUGCCAGUGCAUAUGAACACACACACAACACACUCACACAGAUUCAAUAUCCAUUCGGAUAUUGGCCUUAAAAGAGAGAAAAGGAGCUCAAAAUGCCUUAAUUUACAGUACAUUUUUGCCUUUGCCUUUUUUCACAUUACAGCAACUGGAUGUACCUCUGGAAUUUAACUAGGCCAUUCUGACACAUGGCAAUGCAAAACAAUAUGCAGAAAUAGCGCUGGCUGUAUGUUCAGACUCACUGCCCUGCUUGAACCUCUGCCCAGCCAGUCCUUUGCAUUUUAAGUUUUAUGUUUUGUUUUUUUUUCUUUAUUGUUUAUUUUGUAGGAUUAGGAUUACAUUGUAAUUAGCGUCCCUAGCUGAACAAAAGCGUCCCCACACAAUAAUGCACCGAACACCAUGUCUCACCGUGGGAAUAGUGAGGUCUGGCUGAUGUGGAUUUUAAUUUUCUGCCACACAUAGUGUUGUGUUGCUCUAUCAUAUAGAACUCAGAACAGAACAUGUUGAAGUUUGUGGUUUUAACAUAAAAAAAAUAUAUAUAGUUCAAAUGGAAUCAAUAUUUGUGCAAGGUGCUUUUCAGAAUAAAGAAAAUGCUGCAUAUUGGCUACAUCUCUAUUCCACACAAAAAUGCUUGUGAAAUGAUUUAAUUUAGCUGCUUCUGGAGAACAUUUAGCAUCAGCAGGAAGCAUUUUUUUUUACUGCACCCUGCCCUCUUGUCUGUUUGACACUAGUCAGGGCCUAAAUAGCUAAUUAGAGAUCACUCUAUUAACAGUGACAGUACUACACCCUCCAAUUCAAUCAGUCCUCUAAUGAACAUUAAGCAGAAAGUCUGCCUUUCAGAGAUGAUAUGAAGCCAAGUCUUUCUCUAAAUACUCUUACCAUGGUGAUUGCACUA